GCGGGGGUCGUAGAGGGACGAGUCCUGCCGAGGUUACUAGGGAGUGGAGCAGCUUGGAGUUCCGGGGCGAGGCCGCAGCCUUGGGGCGUCUGGGAGGAAUCAGCCGGGACAGUGGCCUGGCAGCCGCCGCCAUGACGACCCUCCAAACCAGGAAGGAUCCCCAGCUCCGAGGAGGAGCAACUCCCACCCCUAGCAAGAUUCCAGUACUCUCUCAAAGAUGCCCAGAUUUUUCCUCGGCCAAGUCGUCCUCCCUGGACCAAGAGAACCAAGAUCCAAGGAAGCCACCGCUAGGUACUCAGCAUCCGCUCACUGACACAGCAGGCUUCAGACCAAAAACCUUCCACCAGACAGAAAAAUCACAAAGACUGGGGGUCACCCAGCCCCGGGAACCUUUGGAGGAACUCAAGCCUAGCCCUGGGGGAUCAAAUGUGGGGCUUGUGACCCAUCCCGAGACAGAGGCCAUAGGGGCUAUAGAGUUUGUUGCUGACCCUGCAGCCCUGGCCACCAUCCUGUCAGGUGAGGGGGUGAAGAGCUGUCCCCUGGGGUUCCGGUCCAGUCUGGCUCAGAGAGUGCUAGUUCGAGGGAGCAAGGGAGGCACCACGCGGAGGGGCCAGAGUGCACGGUGUUCGGCGUACCUGGCUCCCAGGGCCCCCCUCCAUCAGCUGGAUCCUGCUAGGGCUUCCUGCUUCUCAAGGCUGGAGGGACCAGGACCCCGAGACCGCACUGUGUGCACACAGGGUUUCGAGUCUUUGAAUCCACCCGCAGGCCCCUCCUUCCACCCCUCCACUCGCCCCAGUUUACAGGAGCUGAGAAGAGAGACGAGUGGUGGCAGCAGCAGGACUCCAGCAAGCCAGGCCUCAAGACUGCUCCCGAAGACCCCAGUUGAGCCUGAACAGACGAGACCUGGAGGUUCACCUGCUUGUACCUGUGUCUCCUUCUGCCUUCUCCCUGCCACUUCCUGCAAGACUGAAUUUCCACUGUGUUCUCCCCCACCCCCUAUGAGCCAUGGCCAUCUCCAGCCCACUCAGGGCAUUUGGAUUGAUAAGUGUUUGCCAAGGCAUUAUUGGGCUCGAGGGGUGUGUGCCCAAUGGGUAGACUCUGGUGUUCUAGAUAAUGCUACAAUGUCUUGUCUCCUCCCAGCUUCCGUACCCCUCGAAGGAGAGCAUGAGGCUGUCUCUCACUCAGAUGACAAAGGAAGAGGCCUCCGGGGUCUGGCUCAAAGAGUACCAUUAAGGCAGAGUCUGACGCAGGCCAGGAACUCAUACUCAUCCUUGAAACGUUUCGCGCUUCGAUCAAAAACCCAAACCCAGCUCACACCCCUCCGAUCGGUACCCAGAGUUCAACAGGCCCAGCGUCUCAGUGGCCUCUCCCCUCAGCCCUCCCCUGAAGAGCCUGCCCUGCCCUGGGAGCAGAUUGCUGUAAGGUUGUUUGACCAGGAGAGCUGCAUCGCACUGCAGAAGGGCUCUGGGAAACCGCCUGUGACAAGCACCUCUGGACCUCACCCCAACAGGAUCCCCAACCAGCAGGAGCUAAAGAUGCAGCGCAUCGGUAUUCUGCAGCAGCUCUUGCGACAGGAGGUAGAGGGGCUAGCAGUAGACACGUGUGCCCCUCCGAAUGGAGGCUCUGCUCUAGACAUGACCGAACUUCAGCCCCUGAUGGCCGAAGUUGCUAGAACUCUGAGUGCCCCAGGACACAACUCUGGAACUUCUCUUCUUGGACUGUCAAAACCCUCUUGUGUGACAGAGCCCCUCCUUGCAGAAGAGCAUGGGGAGCCGAAGGCCUGCCCUGGGGAGGAGGCUCAGGUGGCUCAGGACCGCUCCUCCACAGAAUCCAAGCCCCCAGGGCCGGUCGGGAGAGCUGGGCCACAGCCACCAGAGCCUUGCCUUCCAGCACUGCCUGGACCGCUUCUGCCUAGUUGCCAGGGACAAUCUGGGCCCCCUGAGGCCUGCCCUAGGGUAGAGCUGGGAGCAUCAGCAGGCUGUGCUGUGGAAGCUAGGAACCCAGAGUCCAGCCCACAGCCCUGCUGCAGUCAGGGGCCUCCGGCAGCCACCAGCUUGACCUUCUCAUCACAAAGCCCGCUCUGUGCCAGUCCCCCUAUCCGCUCACUGCAGGCUUUGAGGUCCCCGACAGGCCAUUCAGGCCCCAGCCGUCUGCUCCCUCGAUCCCUGGCUCUGAGGCAGCACCUCAGAGCGUGUCUCACCGCCAUCCACUGCUUCCGUGAGUCUCGCCUGGAUGAUGAGUGUGCCUUCUACACUAGCCGAACCCCACCUCCGGGGCCCGCCCGGGUCUGCUCCAACCCUGUGGCCACGACGCUUGAAUGGCAGGAUGCCCUGUGUUUCAUUCCAGUUGGUUCGGUGCUCCCCCAGGACUCUCCAUCAUGACCUCGGCCUCCACCGGGCUUCUGCUCUGCUGCAUUAACCCUUCCUCUUAGCCUUAUUUAUUGUUGAUCUGCCCAUUGGACUGGGAGCCAACGCCCUUUUACCCUCUAAUAAAGUUACUGUACGUUCUAA